AUGAACGCAGACAGCAAGGACCCAGAUCCAUUUGGGCAUCGGCCACUUAACCUGCAUUGUGACUAUGAAUCGCAGGCCAAGGAGGACGAGCGGGCAGAUGACAGUGAUGAUCCCAGUGAAGUUGAAUCUGAUGUAUCAGCAGAUUCGAGCCGAGGCGUAGGCCCGUUUGGCAAACCUGCUCUCAAGCUGUUAAAGAGUAAGCUUUUUCUGUGGCUCCUCAAACAUCUCGAUACCGACUUGGCACUGGAGCUUCGACCGAAGUAUGUUGCUGAGUUUUUGUAUUGUGCCAAGAUAGUAGAUAACUUCGAGGUCGAGGGUGACGGGAACUUAACGUUUCAUCGUCUUCCAGAAUUGGAGAAUAAAAAAACCGAAUACGGCCAGAAUGCCACACUGCAUCGUCUUGACGAUAAGAUGACCAUUUAUGGCCGCAAAGCCUAUUACGAAUCGGUGCGCGAACCUGACGAAAUGGCCACUCUGGCUGGCUGA